AUGUCUGCCUUUAAUUUUGUACAAGUUGCUGGACCAUCUGGGCAGAUGACAUGGAUUAGAGGCUGUCUAAAAUGUUUAGAUGCCAGCAAUAUUAUUGAAGUCAUUGAUAAUAGUUUGUUAUGCAUACAAAUGGAUUAUAUUGAUCUUGAUCAAAUUCAUUGGCUUGAUCGGUAUGUUCCAAUGUUUGGAGAAACUGAGUAUGAACCAAUUCAUCAAUAUCCUUCAAUUGGUAUAGGUGAACAACUUGAAGCUCUCGAAAAAGCUGUCAAAACUGGGAAGAUUAGAUAUGUUGGUCUUAGUAAUGAAACUCCAUAUGGCAUGAUGAAGUUUAUUCAGGUUGCUGAAAAUUAA